AUGAGUCGGCCACAGCUGGACACCCAAAAUAGCCAGGUCCAUGAUCAUAAUCCCCGAUACUCAUUCAUGGAGACUCCGCUUGAAAUGCAUCCAUUGUCCCACAUUCAGUUCCCGGCGUCAUCACCCUCAGAUGCAGACCCGAGCCCGGCUCCGCAGCCAGCGACCGAGCAACCGAGGGAAGUUCAGCAGCAAUCAGCGCAGUACUUUCCUAAUGAGAAAGAACAACACCUGCAGCAUGAGGGCAUGAUUCCCACGUUUUCUAAAUUCCCGCCGCCCGACCAGCAUCCGGCCCACUUUGCGCCUUAUGCUGAGCCUACUCAGCCACAGCCUGAUAUCCAGCCCGUUAUUCAAUCGCCCAUACAAUCACCUAUCCAAUCACCACUUCAUUUGUCGCAAUACCCACAGCUUGCGUAUCAGUAUCAGUAUGAGCAGACGUAUCAGCAGCCACAGCAGCAGACCUACCAACAGAUGUACCAACAGACCUACCAACAACAGGUAUAUCAACAACAGCAUCAACAAAUGUGUCACCAGAUGCACCAAGAAACACCCCAGGAGACAUACAGUCAACCUCCGAACUCCCCGGGACCCCUACCAGUGAAAGUAAACCCUGAUGUCCCCACUAGGAGUGACACCAUGACGGUUGCGCCCGAUGUGAACCCAUUGCAAUCACCCAAACUGCCAUAUUUCUCACCGACAACUGCGACCUCAUCGCCAGCGCCAGCAGCAACAGCAGAGGACCUGAGUACGUUCCAUCAACCCGGCCAAAUAGUGCACCCCAAUCAAGAAGUACUAGGUGGAGGAUGGACACACGGGAUGUGCGACUGUUCAAACAACUUCGCGGCAUGCUUCCUGGGUAUAUUCUGCCCCUGCAUCCUCUACGGAAAGACACAGUACCGUCUCAACAGGAAAUCCAAAGGAGAAGAUCCGACCAAUAUGUUAGGAUAUGAAUCCUGCAAUGGAGCCUGCACCGGAAUGGCUCUAUUAUGUGGUUGCCAGUGUAUUCUUACCACACUGCAACGCAGAACGACACGCAAAGCAUAUGGAAUCCACGGAGACUGCGGUUCAGAUUGUGUCCGGUCCACCUGUUGCUGCUGCUGUACUUUGAUUCAGAACGAGAAGGAAAUCCAAAAGCGAGAGGAGCAUCGGAACCGCGCUGCUAUAGAUAGAGGCGCGACUUUGUCGCCUUAUAUUGCCCCGGGGCCAAUGACAUACCCCCCACCACCUAAAUAG